AUGACGAUGGUCAUUGAAAAUCAGAACCGUCCUUAUGGCGGCAUGGGCUUCGACACUGUCUACCCACACAACCCUCCACAAUUCACAGAUCCUUGGGCUACCGCACACACAACUUCCCAUUCAACACCUCCCGUCUAUGCGACUGCCAUGGGCAACACAACCAUCCCCAUCAACACUGUCAAGCAAGAGGAAAUGAACCGAUCAGCCAUGUCCAUGCCCUACUCAAAUAUCCCAGUUUCGGCUCCAUCACUUGUCCCCGCCAACAACUACACCACGGGCUACGGCCCUGAAGUUAUGGGCAUGCAGCACGAGGUGCCGCGCACCGCCCUCGACCACACCCCAGCGUACACAACUGCUCCACCAAUGACCAGCUAUGCCCCGGCCACCUAUGCGCCAGUCAGCUACGCUCCCCUUCACCCAUCUCAAGAUACCCGUCGCAUUUCGCACUCUGAUGGUCGCAUGUCUACGGCUCCCGUUCCCACUCCCACCUUUGGCGAUGCCCUCGACGCAAGCCGAGGAAUGGUCGCGCUAAGCCAGGACUUGACUCCCCGAAAUAUCUACGGUCCCAGAGGCACACGAGGUUCUACCGAUUCAUACGGUUUCCCCUCGACUCACUCUUCCGCCUCGUCGAUCUCAUCGGGCAGCAAUUACCCUUACUACAGUGCUUCCGUGGGCUCAGUCGAUUCCUCAGUGACAGAUUACAGCUCAACGACCUCUGAGUCGUACGAGUCGCGCACUCUCCCCCGACCUACAAGCCUUUUGGCCGGUAGCGCACCGCCUGGACCUCAAUCUAUGAUGAGCCAGUUCAGCUCCAAGAUGCCGUCAAACACCCAGAAGAAACACAAGUGCAAGGUCUGCGACAAGAGAUUCACUCGUCCGUCUUCAUUGCAAACUCAUAUGUACAGCCACACUGGAGAGAAGCCAUUUGCGUGUGACGUUGAAGGCUGUGGGCGACACUUCUCAGUGGUCUCAAACUUGCGUCGACACAAGAAGGUUCACAAGGGCGAGAAAGAUGUUGGCUCCCCCGAUGACGACGAGUAG